AUGUUCAAGUCCACGGCGGCCACCAAAAUGUCACCACCCACCUACUAUACAAUAGACAUUCAACACUCAACCUACCCCAUCUCACUUGCAUAUUCGCGAUUCGAUAAUACCACGGCGCGCCGCCUAGAUGUUAUUGAUCUCGACCAAGUGAUUGCGCGUGUUCCCGCCCACAACACCCCGCUUAACGGCGAUGACGACACGCUGGCGUACUUUGACGCUGGUGAAGUAGACUGCGACGUAGACGACACCGCCGACGAAGACACCGACCCAGCCAUGGCGCCCACUGGAGCGCGCUGGGAGCCGCACGAGGUUAUGCAACUGGCGUGGAUUCGCCACGACAACGACGAGCAGUGGCGCAGCCAGAACCGCUUGCAAGGCCAAAACCGCGAUGUGAUGCUCUUUGAGAAGCUCAAGGCCCGCCACCCGGACUUCCGUCACGGUUUUGCAGCGGUGAAGGCGAAAGUCUUCCGUAUGGAGGCACAGUACAGGCGCGUGGCGGACCUCCUUAUUAAUUCCUCGGGCAAGGGUCGCCCUCCGAAGAUCCCCAUCUUCUACGAUAUCUUCGACCGAAUCCUAGGCGACCGCGCAAAUGCACGUCCGUCUGCGCUUGCCGGCAGUCUGCCUAGUGCAAAUGUGGUGAACGUGCCAUCAACAAGCACUACUGCUACUAAGUGA